AGUCUAAAGUGGGGCUACUGCUGCAGAAGGCGUGGCAGGGGUGCCUGGAUCAUGCACAAGCGUGAGUGUCGGUAGUAUGGGGUGAAUAGCGUCUGGGCGGGCUCCGAGACUCAUUAUUACUACCUACCCACCUUCAAGUUGUACAAAUAACUUCGUCAACACAUCCAACAUAUUUCAACACUCAACAUCCGAACCGAAAACCGUAUACGCAUUACCACACGUUCACCAUUGUCACCAUGUCAUCCUACGGCAGUUACUACUACUCGCUUCCCACUGAGGCACCAAAGCGCUCAAGAUCAGGCAGUCGACGCCCAGCUCUGUCACCUUCGACUGUUUCUUCGCCCUGUAUUACGACACAUGCUCCUAUUGCUUCUCGACGGGACUCUGCUGGAUCGGCAACAUCAUCAGGCAGCCCGACCAAGGCCUCCGUUCUGCUCGCCAAGGUAGCCUCCUCACCCACCACACCAAGGGGCGAGCUCCCGUCGCCAAUGGCCUCUCCCGAAUCCAGGAUGCACUCAGGCUACCCCACGGAACGUCCCGUAGUAUGGAGGAGCGAGAGCGCCCGCUACGUCACCCAGUACAGGCAGCAGGAUGGUUACAUCAGCUUCCCUGACUACGAGAAGUUCUGCCAGAGUCAACAUGAGCAACACCAGACCGCUGUCAGGACUUGAUUCGCUCUCAAGCAUCAUGUGCAGGAAGAGCUAGAAGUUUCAUCACAGCACUUGCUGCCCUAUUCACCAAACUAAAAACAAACCACCACGACUACCUUCCUCUGAUAAGAGUUUGGUCA